AUGAUCACGGAUGCCGAGUUUUGGCAAGAGAUUCGCCGCAGCAUGAGCGGUGGCGACUGCAUCUUCUCGAGCAUGCUAGCUCUUAUUCACGCACGACAGUCCGCCAUUGACGCGCACGUGACGACGCCAGAGCGUGAGGUUCACAAACUCACCGCGUGGGGCCAGAGGCACCACGACGAGGUCACGGGUCGUGUCUUCACGAGUGAGCAGAAGCGCGAGAUGGAGCUGGAGAUGAAGGAGAAAGAAACAAAGUUGAAGGAGAUAGAGAAACCGCUGGAGGCGAACAAAGCCUUUCGGGCCGGAAGAGCGUCAGAGGACACCCCGGUGUACGGCGUUUCGUGGAGCACCAUGUGCGUGCUUCAGCAGGUGAUGAUGUUUGCUGUCCCAAUUUACGUGUUGCGCUACAAUGUGCCAGCCAUGUCGAUGAGCUGGAACACGAGCUGCUUCAUUGACCGUCAGUCGAAGCAGCUCAUUACGUUUGGCUCUGGACACGGUGUGAAGGUGCCGCAGCACCUGCACGGUCGCGGCUGCGUCGCUGGCGACGGCUUUUUUGCUAUCCUCACAAAUCAAGACGAAGUCUGGUCAUCCGGCGGACUGAAGGUGUCGAGCCCAUCCAUUGAUGGGCCGACGGCGCUCGGCCGCGAAGAGGCAAUGACGGGGAUCGCCGGCAAGACUCUGAUGCUGGUGGGACACGGGCAGCGGCUCGCCAUUGUGACGCGCGCCUUCACGGUGCGCUCGCUAUCGGCGUUAUCGAACCCGAUUCGGUCAAUCAUGCCGCACCGGCAUGUUCGCUUCUUGGACGUAGGCUACGGCGAGGAUUACUACAUGGUGGGCACCGACUCCAUUGUUUAUAAGACGACGGCGUCGAAGCGUGCCGUGAGUACGCCACGGCGGGUGAUGACGCUGUGCCGCACGCCCGUCUCCCGAAUCGCCAGCGGUAUGGGAUUUCUGCUCAUUAUUGACCAGAACGGUCAUCUCCUCUCCUUUGGUCGCAACAAGAAGGGGCAGCUCGGCAACGGCGAGGUGCAGGAUGCACGUCGCAAGCCGUACUUGCAGAAAAAGCUCACUCACCACUACUUUGUUCAGGUGUCCGCCGGUGACUGCCACUCCUUGGCGUUGACCAGCAACGGCAUCGUUUACGGCGCGGGAAGCAACGAGAGCGGCCAGCUUGGCCUCGGGAGGAGUCUGAAGCAGGUGUGCAAGUUCACCCGUAUCCCACUCGGCAACGAUGUGCGGUGCAUCGGGAUCGCCGCCGGGCCGGCAGGGAGCAUGUUCUACUGCGAUAAUGGCCGCGUGCUCACAUGCGGGCUGAAUGACAGCAUGCAGCUCGGGCUGGAGACGCCGGAAAAGAUUGUCUUUGAGCCGACACCGAUCUCGGUGAUCUUCAACGGCGUCGAGUCAUACACACUGGACUUUGGAGGCUUUCACCGACCGGAAGGAGACGGCCAAGCGCCACUAGCAGACAUGUCUGGCGCGGCUGGCGAGGGGGGCGGCAUUUCAUCCAGCUCGCCUGCCAUGCUCAGUGCCUUGUAUCGGAACAAAACCUCCUCGAACCGUGCCAGCCAAGAUAUGACGGUCAUCAAUAUAUCCGAGACAUCCGGUAACAACUUGACGAAUGCCAACAACGCCAGUGAGAAGAAUGUUAUGGCCGCGCCAACCGAAACGGAGCGCCAUGGCGAGAGCAUCGUUAACGAAGAGGACCACCAGCCGGUGGAAGAGAACAUCUCCGCGAAUCAGUCCAUGGAGGAGAAGCGAAAGGGGACAGGCAAGCCGAAGACGAAUCCCCAAGGGAACGUCCGCAAUGGCAGAAACGGAAACGGAGUCAAUGGGCGAAGAAAGGGUAAGGUGGAAAAAAAGAAGACCAAGUGCGGCUGCUGCACAGCCAUGUAG